AUGGUGGAAUAUGAAGCUUGUAUUCUCGGACUUAGGAUGGCCAUCAACAUGAACAUUAAAGAACUUUUGGUGAUAGGAGAUUCUGAUUUAUUGGUUCAUCAGGUGCAAGGAGAAUGGACCACUAAGAAUGUCAAGAUCCUGCCUUAUUUGCAUUACAUUAAAGAGUUGAGUAGGAGAUUCACAAGGAUUGAGUUCAAGCAUGUCCCUCGAGCUCAAAAUGAGUUUGCCGAUGCUUUGGCAACUUUGUCCUCGAUGAUUCAACACCCAGACAAGAAUUACAUCAACCCUAUCGAUAUAGAGAUACAUGAUCAACAUGCAUACUGUUUUCAUGUAGAUGAGGAACUGGAUGGAAAACCCUGGUACUAUGACAUCAAAAGAUUGAUAGAAGCACAAGAAUAUCCUGAAGAUGCCACAAGUAAGCAGAAACAGACUUUGAGAAGGAUGUCCAAUCAUUUCUUCCUUAAUGGAGAAAUCAUAUAUAGGAGAACUUCAGAUUUAGGAUUGUUGAGGUGUGUCGACGCCGCAGAAGCGACAAGGAUUUUGGAAGAAAUACAUGCAGGAACAUGUGGACCUCACAUGAAUGGGUUCACUUUGGCAAAGAAGAUUUUAAGAGCUGGAUAUUUUUGGAUGACCAUGGAGAGAGACAGCAUCUGGUAUGUGCAAAAGUGUCAUCAAUGUCAAGUGCAUGGAUAUUUUAUACGGGUUCCACCGAAUGAGCUCAAUGCGAUGGGUUCCCCUUGGCCAUUUGCCGCUUGGGGCAUGGAUGUUAUUGGACCCAUAGAGCCUCCCGCAUCAAAUGCACAUCGUUUCAUUCUGGUGGCUAUCGAUUAUUUCACAAAAUGGGUUGAAGAUUCGACAUACAAGGCAGUGACAAAGAAGGUGGUAGCAGACUUUGUUCGCAACAAUCUAGUUUGUCGGUUUGGAAUUCCAGAAUCAAUCAUAACAGAUAAUGCAGCCAACCUCAACAACGAUCUUAUGAGGGAAACUUAUGAAAGGUUCAAGAUUGCUCAUCGAAAUUCCACAGUUUACCGGCCACAGAUGAAUAGAGCAAUUGAGGCUGCAAAUAAGAAUAUCAAGAAGAUUUUAAGGAAAAUAGUGGACAGUAACAGAACAUCAACUGGGGUAACUCCUUAUAUGUUGGUUUAUGGUUCGGAGGCAGUAAUACCUGUCGAGGUAGAAAUACCAUCUUUAAGGAUUAUCCAAGAGGUUGGUCUGGACGAUGCAAAAUGGAUACGUAGCAAGCAUGAACAACUUAUGCUCAAUGAUGAAAAGAGGAUGGACGCGGUUUGUCAUGGACAACUCUAUCAGAACAGAAUGACCAAAGCAUUCAACAAGAAAGUCAAACCUCGACAGUUCACACUAAGGCAAUUAGUAUUGAAGAAGAUCUUUUCUCACCAAGAAGAAGUCAAAGGGAAAUUUGCACCAAAUUGGCCCCUACAUGGUUCAUAG